AUGGUGAGAGGAAGCAAAGAUGUUCUGCAAAAAGCAGCCAAAACCCUAUCCGACAUCCUCGUUUGCCCUCUCUCUAAGCAACCUUUGAGGUAUUGCGAGGAAUCAAAUUCCUUUAUCAGUGAUGCUAUUGGUGUUGCCUUCCCCAUAAAAAAUGGGAUACCAUGCUUGGUUCCAAGAGAUGGGAAGAUACUUGAGGAAGAAGAUGCAUCAAAACCUGAGAAUGAUUCCAAUUUAUCAGCUGUGAAUGAAGAGAAUCUAGGAAGAAGUGCCUAA